AUGACUGGAACCAUCAACGUCGAUAUUUCGACCGUCCAUCUAGUUUUCCGCCGUGAAGAUUGGGUUGGAAAAAAUCUGAAAUGGAAUGAUGAGAUACCUCUUUGUGUUCGUGAGGCUCGAGACUGCGACCGCCGACCACCUCGAGGUUUUAUGGAGGACCUUGUUCCUCCCCGGUCCUCGACAGUUUCGCAGAUCCUUAUUCGCGGAACUACCUAUGCAGCCAGCUACCCCCUCUUUCAGGAUUCGGAAACACGUUCAAGUUACCGUAAUCUUCAACCCACCCUUCCCAAAAUAAUGGACGCUCCCGACUACCUCCUUCAACGGUUUCUCCUUGCAUGUCAGCCGCAUAGCAUGCAGCUGACAUCCUCAUUCAACGACGCCUGGUUAUCGGGGUGUCGCAGUAUCUGUCUCUCAGGAGACCCAACAUACCGUGUGCCUAUUUGGUGCGAGACGGUGGUUCGAGAAUUGACGGCAUUUACAAAAGUGUAUGGGCAAUGGAACGACGCCAUGGAUUGGCUUUUCAACGUGCCGAACACUUUUGGCUCGGAAUCCCUCAUCGACGACUCACGCCUUGUCUCGACUUGGCUCCCUUCCAAUUCUCGGUUGCUGGGUUUUAGCAAAUCUAUCCACCUGACCAGCCUUGACCUUACCCUUCUUCUCUCUGAUGAAUGGCUUAAUGAUGAGUUGAUCAACGCCGGGUUCAGAAUACAUUUUGCAUCAGCUGGGAGGCCAUAA